UGUGUGUGUACGGUGUGGGUUACGGCCAUAACAGCAACUCUGCAGUUCUUUAAUAAAGUCUCACAACGAGAAAAAAACCCGCCUGGUCACUGUUAGUAGCGAAACGCUACAGUACUGUACUUUAAAUUUAGAUUUAAAUACAGCUUAAAUACAGCGUAAAUGUACUUUUACACUUGUGCUGUGAUUACGCUACUUUUCGGAUGGUUUUGUUGCGCAAACCUGGCAACCCUCCACUGCAAAGCCUCACCCCGUUCAUGCACUCCGAAAGUGUGUAGCCCCUGAAUUGGGACACAGCUGUAGAUCGCGAGUACUCCCGAGAACUGGAGCGACCAGAGGGUAAUAUGGGUGUUUUAAAAGGUGGCGCUCUUUCAGUGUGAUUAAUGUAAUAUUCAGUCAGUGCUGAUGGUGGGAGGGGCCAGUAAAGCUGUUCAUUACUGAUAAAGAGCUGAAUAAAGAGGAAGUAACUGAAGAAGACAGAGAUUGACACAGAGAACAUUCAGCAUAAAGAAGACUGAACUCAACUCACAAUGAAGAUCCUCCUCAACUUCUUCACUUUCUACCUGAUCUCAGGUGCAGUGAAACACAUUGAUGUCAGUGGAUAUUCUGCAGUGAAACACAUUGAUGUCUUUGGAUAUUCUGGAAGAAGCCUUCUUGUUAGGUCAUGGAAGACUUGGCAUUAUGAUGAUGCUAAAUACAUGCAAAAGCUACAGAAUACAACAAUAAUAACUCGAAUGAAACAUGAUCAGUGGAUUAAUGAAGGAAGAUUCACUUUAUUUCGCAAUGAUUAUGGAGACCUCAUAAUCUACAUUAGAGAUGUGAUCACAGAAGAUGCUGGAACUUACCGGAUCGAGGUUGAAGGUGAAUCGUCCAUCAAAAUGACUUUAACUGUGAAAGAAGAUUCAUGUUGUAGAGUGUCAAAGAGAGUGAAGAUGAAUAUGGGAGAAAAUGCAACCUUCAGCUGUGAAUAUUCACCGAAUCUUACUAAUAAAUACAUGAUGUUAUUCAAAGAAGGAAAAGACUCCAUUGAGACGAUUUACAACACAUGGAUGAAGAAAGAAAGAUUCAGUAUUUCUGAUGACACACAGAAUAAUAUCUUCAGUGUGAGAAUUUCUGCUGUGACACCAGAUGAUGGAGGAGUUUAUUUAUGUGGAGUUUCAGUUGGCAGACGCUCAAACAGUUUCUCCAUUAUUAAUACUGUCCAUCUACAUAUUAUAAAUAAAGUGGGCGUGUCUAGAUUGAGCGGCUACUCAGGAGGUCGUAUGAUGAUCAAGUGUGAACAUCCUCGAUACAAAACCAAGCCAAAAUACAUCUGUAAAGAAUCAGAUGGAUGUUCAGAGAGGAAAAAUCCAGGAGUUCAGGAUGAAUGGAUGGAGAAUGGAGAUGUUUCUUUAUACGACGACACCAGAGCAGGAGUCUUGAUAGUGUUUUUUAGAGAGCUGAAAGCUGCAGAUGCAGGAACAUACAGGUGUGGAGUGAAUGUGUCGCGCUAUACGGAGAGCUUCACUGAACUUCAGCUGAACAUCACAGACGAUGCAAAAUAUCCCAGGAUUGUGACUGAAUCUGCUCAUCUUGGUGAAGAAGUCAACAUCAACUGUCAGAUCCCAGAGGAACAUAAAGUUCAUUUCUGCAAAGAGGAUGAUAAUCACAUCUGCUUAUCUACAGAAAUGAGUGGUUCAUCUGAGAGAAAUGAAGAGAGAGUUUUUACAGUGAGCAUCAGUAAUGUGAGCGUGAGAGAUGCUGGAGUUCACUGGUGUGGAGCAGAAACCAGAGACACACAUUUGACUUCCACCAGCGAAAUUCAGCUCAUCAACAAUUCCUCCAUGAUCAUCAUUAUUUGCGUGUGUGUGAUUCUGCUGCUGAUUGGUGUUUUCAUUCUGACUGUGUGUAAAUUAAGACACAAGAGACAAGGUGACGCUCGCACACAGAGUUCAGUUCGGUCUACUCCACAAUCACCCACAGUCCCCUCUGGUGAGCUCCUUUACGCGUCUGUCAGUUUCCGGAAGCAUGAAAAGCCUCUCAGUGACGCUACGGUCUCCUUCAGUAAGGACCAGAUUAACUCUGAAUACGCCACGGUCAGUCACCGCAUGAGACUCGACUAACUCACUUAUAACAGAUCACAGAUCAGCACACAUUACAGUACACCAGUAUUUGAAAAAAAAAAAAAAUAUAGACUUUGAUAUGUAUUUUUUAUAUUUACGUUUACGCUCACAGUUUAUUGAUGAAAAUUAUCCAUAAUUUAGUGUUAAACAAUGUUUUAUUGAUCAGGGUCAUUCAGUUUUUGAAUCAUGAGGCACUUUAAAGUUCACAUGUUUUACUGGUGUGUGUACAGAGUCUGUCAUCUCAGUUCAUCUGAGGGUGUGAUUAAAAACAGGAAAUAAUACCACUGAGUGAUACUAAUAGAAUAAACUGUAAAGUUUCCACUCCAGAGACACGUAUAGUUAAUAAAGUCUCUUUAAUAGCAGCUGUUUAAAUGACAGUUUUCUCUUUCUCAUCUCUCUGAAUAUUGAUUCUCUUUAGAUUUGUACAUGAAAGAGACUUUUGCUAAUGUUGUUUUUAGUUGGAACGGAGGUCAUUUUUAUGAUGUAAGAGUUUCUGUAUAAUAUAUAUUUUAUUAAUUGAAAAAUAAACAUUUUUGCUAUUAGUA